AUCACAACACGUGGCACCCGCCCUCCCUUCGUUUCCUCUUCCCUACAAAAAGAUCUGAUACCAAACCCUAAUAAAUUUUGAAACGAACAAGAACCUUCAUCUUCAAAUUUCACUACGAGCUUCAGAUUUCGCAUUUUCCUUUCCAUAUACGAAUUGAAUUACUGAUCUCUGCAACAAUGGUUGGGGUUUCCGAGCGAGGGAUGAAACAGGAGGAGAUUGAGCUGGAUUUAGGCUUGUCAAUCGGAGGCGCGAGUUUCAGAAAACCGGAACUCAACGGAGGAGACGAAAUCCAGACGGCGGCGGUUGUAAGAUCCAGCAGCACGGCAACGCCGGCGGCCUUUUCCGAGCCGGAGAGCGCGGUUGUGGAUCCGCAGGCGAAAAGGGAGAUUCAGGCGCAGCGGAGGCAGGAGGCGAAGAGGAAGCGAGAAGAGAAGAAAACGCGAGCCCAAAUCGGAGAACAGAAACAAUCGCCGGCGAGAAAGAAAGAGAAGAGUAUGGACGCAACGAAUGUUGUGCCAUCUCAAGGCGAUAACGGCGUUAAAGUUAUGAAUGUGAAUUUGAAUUUGAGUAACGGCGAGGCAGAGCACCAGGUUGGACCGGUGCAGUACCCGUACGCGCCUGUCCAGUUCGUUCCGUACUCGAACGGGUUCGCUUAUCCUUGUGUGGUGCCGUGUUGGGUGCCCAACGGUGGCGGGGGUUUCAAGCAGUUUCAGGCAAAUCAUGAUUUGGGGAAUAAUGGGUGCAACCCGGAGCAGAAUGGCAAAACGGCGUCGUUGAAUAAUGGGUCCCCAAUUUGUAGCUCCUCUACUGUUUCAGAACAUUACAGCGCAGUUUCUCAUGAAGGUGGGAGCAGUGAUGCUAGAAGCCAUUCAAGCCGUUUGAAUGGUUCGAUUGGGAAGAAGAACAAAGCCCAGUCUAACCACACAGUUACCUCCCACUCGAUCGAACCUAAUUCCCGAGGUAAUGAAAAUUUGGUGGUUCAAGUUCAACCCAAAGAAGAACCCGCACCGGAAAUUACAGAACCGGUUCCGUUUUCAAAACAACGUCCUCCUACGCCACCCAAAGAAACCAAGACGGAGCGUCCAAAACCUCAAACCAAAAACACCCAGAAGAGCCCUUCCAUGCCACAAAUGCCGUACGUAUCCACCACCGGAAAUGGACCCAAUGGGAAAACGGUUCAUGGAUUCUUGUGCAGAUACUCCCAGUCGGAGAUCAGCAUCGUGUGUGUCUGCCAUGGAAGCACAUUCUCGCCGGCUGAGUUUGUGCAGCAUGCCGGAGGCACCGAUGUUUCACGGCCUCUGAGACACAUAACAGUAAUCCCAUCUGCUUUUGGAUGAUGAUGAUCGUGCUUCUAGCUUUUUUUUUUCUUUUUUCUGGUUCUUUCUACUGUGGCCUAUUGGAAUUGCUUGGUUCUUUUUCUUCCUGGCAAAAUUCCGUCCCCAUUAAAGAUGGAGAUUAUUUUUCUUUUUUUGGUUUCUGCAUUUGUGUCUCUGAAGCCUCUGCUAACUGUCAUUUACAUACAGUUAACAAUCUGUUAGGUUUCUAGAUCAGAUACUCUCCUUUAUUUAAAUCUGACCUGCUGCUUUCAACAAAAUUCAGUAUAGGGAAGACCAGAGGAAUUUUGUUUUUAUUAUUUAUUUU